AUGCUCCCUGCCUUUCCUUACGCCUGCUACAUCAUGAUAGGCAUUGCCAUGAGAUUUAUAGCUAGGCUUGCAGACAUAGAGCCAUACCCAAUAGAGCCAUACCCCAUAGAGCCAUACCCCAUAGAGCCAUACGCCAUAGAGCCAUACCCCAUAGAGCCAUACCCCAUAGAGCCAUACGCCAUAGAGCCAUACCCCAUAGAGCCAUACCCCAUAGAGCCAUAUCCCAUAGAGCCAUACCCCAUAGAGCCAUACCCCAUAGAGCCAUACGCCAUAGAGCCAUACGCCAUAGAGCCAUACCCCAUAGAGCCAUACGCCAUAGAGCCAUACGCCAUAGAGCCAUACGCCAUAGAGCCAUAUCCCAUAGAGCCAUACCCCAUAGAGCCAUACGCCAUAGAGCCAUACCCCAUAGAGUUUUGGUAUCUUUGA